AUGCAACCCGUGAAGGCACCUAGCCGAACAGAGGUGGCCGCAGGGCACGAAAAAAACCAUAUCCACCCGGUGGACCCAAUUCUUUCGCCAGGAGACGAUGUCCCCUUUGCGACACUGGGUGAUCUCGUGGAUCGUGUUGAGCACUUGCAGCAUGAGCUCGCCAUUGCACGACCUGACCAGAAGCUUAGUGGCCGCAUUAUACAAGUUGCCUACACUCUCCCUUUUACGAUCCAACCACUCUCAGAAUGUAAGUAUAUGGAGCAUAAGGUCGAGGCAUUAGCUGCGGCAGAUAAAGUCGCCCAGCUUGCCAUUCAAGCUCGGGCGCGGCGUGCGCAGCGCGAAGCGCGCGAGCGUGAAGAGGAAGAAGAGUUAAAGCAAAAGCUACUUCAUGAGGAGCAGAUUAGCGAGACUCGCAAGCCGCGUUCCAGCAGCUUUGUGUCCGAUCGGCCCCGCCUGUCCAUGGGCAUGACCAGUGCCGUCCUUGAUAAUGUGGAUUUGGAGAGGUUUCUUUAUGAAAACCAAGAGCGCUCGAAGCAGCGCGCCGAGCGUGAAGCUAUUGAAGCUGUGCUCGCCUCGCUCGAAGAUCGAUCUGAGUGGGCCAGGCAUGAGGGCGAGCUCUCCGUGAGGCCUGUCUCUAUGCAGCGAGAGGAGCCAAUGCCCAAGUACGGCAUCAAGUCUGUGCCUGUCUGGCUUGAUCAGCACUCGGCCUUUGCCCACUACAAUGCCUACUGCAAAACCACUUUGUGGCCGCUGUUCCAUUACAUGAUGUGGCGUGACGACGAGGACCGCAGCUCCUGGGAUCAGUAUAGCUGGCAGGCGUAUGUGAAAGUUAACCAAGAGUUUGCGAAACGCGUGGUGUCUGAGUAUCAGCAAGGCGACAUUGUAUGGGUACAUGACUAUCACUUACUUCUCGUCCCUCAUCUCGUGCGCCGCGCCAUCCCUGAUGCCCACAUUGGCCUGUUUCGCAAUGAGAUCAUGGAGGGUAUGCUAGGGGCCGAUCUCACAUGCUUCCAAAACCGCUCGUAUGCUCGCCACUUUGUUUCUUGCUGCGUGCGCGUUGGCGGUCUGGAAGUGCAAGGCAGUUCUGUCGAGUCGCCCAACGGGCGCGUGACUCAGGUCUCGCACAAUACGAUUGGCGUUGACGUGGAACGGGUGCGCUACGAGGCAACGUCUCCACAGGUCCAGCCACGCAUGCAGCAGUUGCGUGACUUAUAUGCCGAACAGUGCAUCCUUGUCGGAUGCGACAAACUGGAUGUGGUUCAUGGCGUGAUUCAAAAGCUGCAGGCCUUUUAUGACCUGCUCUUCCAUUAUCCAGAAUGGCGAGAGAAAGUCGUGUUGAUUCAGAUCACCAUCCCUACGAUGACAAAUUCGACAAAGCUCGAGCGCCAGGUAUCAGAGCUCGUCAGUCAAAUCAACGGUGACUUUGGAUCAUUGAGCUUCACUCCUGUGCAGCAUUACCAUCAAGUGAUUGACCGCAGUGAGUACUAUGCGCUCUUGUCAGUUGCAGAUCUGGCGCUUGUCACUUCAGUGCGUGAUGGUAUGAAUACCAUGUCGAUGGAGUAUGUCGUAUGCCAGCACGAGUACCAACGGAGCCCAUUGAUUCUCAGUGAAUUUACAGGUACAGCUGGGCACCUGCCAGCGGCGAUCCAGAUCAAUCCUUGGGAUAUUGUUGGUGUGGCAGCUGCAAUCCACCAUGCUCUGGCCAUCAGUGAGAACGAGCGUGCAGAGCGCCAUCAGCAGUGCUAUGACCAGGUCAUGUCGCAGACGUCGCACAUGUGGGCUCUCUCUCUGGUUCACCAGAUGCUGCUCCGGCUACGCCACCGGUACUCGGCACAUUCCACAUUGCCUUUUGAUACCAGCCUCAUGCUAAAGCACUAUGCGCCUGCGAAGAAGCGCUUGAUCCUCCUAGACUACGAUGGAACAUUGACACCGAUUGUCAAAGAUCCUGCGGCUGCUGUGCCCUCAAGGCGCCUGCUCGAUGCUCUUCGUACCCUCAGUGAAAAUCCCAGCAAUGCCGUGUAUAUCAUCUCUGGCCGAGACGAAGCUUUCCUGACGAAGCACUUCGGCAAUCUGCCGGCACUGGGCCUAUCGGCAGAACAUGGCAGCUACUUUAAGGAGCAUGGUGCUGAUAGCACGUGGCAGAACUUGUCGGCGGAACUGGACAUGUCGUGGAAGGGCGAUGUACUGAACGUAUUCCGCUACUUUACGGAUCGCACCAUCGGCAGCAACAUCGAAGAGAAAAAAAGCAGUAUCGUAUGGCAUUAUCGCAAUGCGGAUCCCGAUUUUGGUUCGUUUCAGGCGAAGGAGUGUCAAUCACUUCUGGACAAUAUUCUGUCGCAAAAUGACCUGCAGGUGGAAGUGGUGGUUGGCAAAAAGAACGUGGAAGUACGUCCAUUGGCCAUCAACAAGGGCGAAAUCGUUCACAGGAUUCUGUUUGGCAAUCCUGACACGGAGUAUGUGUACUGUGCGGGCGACGACAAGACGGACGAGGACAUGUUUCGCUUCUUGUCGCAGCUACCGUUCGAGGUGGAUGACCAGCAAGCCGACGCAUCGUCCGAGCGAACGAGCCAUGUAAUUCUGCGCCCCCCGGCCCCGCUGCGCCGCUCCACCGAGCGUGAAGCACCUGCGCGCAAAAUCCAUAUCCGACCCGACCAAGUCUUCACCACAACUGUUGGUUCGAGCAAUAAGCGCACACGCGCAGGUUGGCAUGUUGGUGAACCAUGGGACAUCGUCGACGCGCUUGCGAUGAUGGCCGAGGCGGACGGUGCCUAG